AUGAAUAUACCAAGAGUAUUCUUCCUUCCUGCGAAGGCGUUUGCGUCGGGUCUCAACGAGAAACUGAGGACGCUGUCAGGAAACAUUGGAGAGAAAACAAUCCGUAUGUACCCUGUAUCGCCCCUUCCCCUCCCGUCUCGUCGUAUCUCCGGCAGCAGGAUACGCCAAGUUUGCUUUGGUGCCAUGGUGUGUCCGACACAAAGGCAAAGGGCGCCUAUGUCGAUAUUGUCGAUUAUGGGCAGCGACGACACUCGCCUCACUGACUUACCAAAUGAUAUACUCCUAGAAAUAGCGUGGUUUCUUCGCCCCCAGGAUCUGUUAUCCCUUACCGCAACUUCUCGCGGUUUACGCAGCGUCUUCUCUGAGGACGUUGUCUGGCAUCAAGCCUACUCCGAGUGGCCGUUGGACCUACCCCCCGGCCAAGUCGAAAACGACUUGGAUGGCAGCAAUCUCUGCAGAUUAUUUGCCAAGUCCCUCAAACUGGAAUCCAUGUGGGGGGAUAAUCAUGCGAUAUUCAAGGUCGGCGAGACUAUAACUCCAGUCAUUCUGCAUAGCGUACAUUUCCUCACUGCUCGAUGGUUGUUGACAUUCGGCUCUAUGGAGUUUCAGGAUAUCGGAGGGCGGAUUACGCUUUGGUCGCUUGAGGAUGUUCACAGCGUCCGCGCUGUUUGUUCCCUUGACAUCGUUCCACAUUGUUAUGCUGUCGUUGCUGCGUGGCGGAAAAGUAUCAACCAAGUAGUGAUUGUUGCAUACAUAUACACCAACAACCAGUAUUCGAUUCAAGUCCACUCGAUAUACCUUCAGCAGGGUGUUUGGAUGUUUGGCCAAGUCCACACUCUCGACAACGUCCCAGGUGCAUUAAACGCUAAAUAUUGGUUCACUCCACAUAUCUGCGACUACAUGGUCGCCUGGUGCACCAAAGCUCAAGGCGUCGCUUAUGUUUGGAUCUUGAAUUUAAUUACGAAGCGAUGCUUCCAUGCACAACUUGACCCUAUAUUUGCAAGUGCCGACGUACCCAUUGCCCUGAUUGACGUCGAAUUGGGUUCUCUUGUGGUGACGACUGGGAGCUGGACGGCGGGGGACGUUGAGCCUGCACAGGUUAUACACUUCCUGAAGCUUCCCUUGCACGUGUUGGAAACCGGCGGAAACAUGCCCACCCAGUCUAUCCUGACGCUCGAAGACGCAGACAAUGUUCCACCGUUGCCUGAGGGAGUGGCCCUUGAGCCGAUAUACCGUUUUCAGUCCCCCCAUUUUCAGGCUCAGCCAUCCGAUGAUGUUCACCUCGACGUGACCAUGGACGCGCAUCAUAAAUUGACCGUAGUCCAGCACUGCAGCGGGAAUCAUUUGUCGUUCAAGCACUUUUUCGUCGACGGCCAAGGGCUGCGACCCGCUGGUGAUACAAUAUUCCUCAGCACUAGACUCAACAAAUUCGCUCGUGUCGUCCUUUGCCGUUCUGGCCGGCGGGGGUUCUGUAGCGUCGUUGAUACAUCGGAAGGUGGUCAUAUUCUUGAACUUCGUAGAUUUUCCACUCCAGAUCAAGUUGAAGUUGUGCCUGUAGAAGGUGGGUUGAGUUGUCUCAACUUCGAUGAUGCGACCGGGCGUUUCUGCAUCGCCACUUGGGGUUCUCAUAAUUGCAGGAUGGCUUUCUUUGAUUUCGUAGGAUAG